ACACCCGACCUGUCGCCCUAACCACUGCUGGAAUACACUCACGCCGAGCUGAACCCAACCGGACCAUUUCAGACGAGAGGAUGUGUUAUAAGCUGCUGUUUUGGCUCCUCCUGGCCGGUGUGCUGUGUGUCGUGUCCGAGACUCGCAAGAACCGCCCUCAGGGUUCGAUCCCGUCCCCGUUCAAAGCCAGCUCCAACACGUCCGACCGCCGCGGCCGCAAGCAGGAAGUGCUGGCCUCCAGUCAGGAAGCCCUGGUGGUGACGGAGAGGAAGUACCUGAAGAGCGACUGGUGCAAGACGCAGCCCCUGCGGCAGACCGUCACCCAGGAGGGCUGCCUGAGCCGCACCGUCAUCAACCGCUUCUGCUACGGCCAGUGCAACUCCUUCUACAUCCCGCGGCAUGUCAAGAAGGAACAGGAGUCCUUCCAGUCGUGCGCUUUCUGCCGGCCGCACCGCCUGACCACGCUCACCGUGGAGCUGGACUGUCCGGAACUGCAGCCGCCCUUCAGGCAUCGGAAGAUCCAGCGCGUCAAACAGUGUCGCUGCAUUUCCGUCAGCGUAUCCGAAUCUGGGAAGCAGUGA